AUACUUGCAACCUACUAACGACAUACUGACACAUCGUCUGAAUCCUAACAGGAAUCAUGUCUGGACGCGGCAAAGGAGGCAAGGGUCUCGGAAAGGGAGGCGCCAAGCGUCACCGUAAGGUGUUGCGUGAUAACAUCCAGGGCAUCACCAAGCCCGCGAUCCGUCGUCUGGCCCGCCGUGGUGGUGUCAAGCGUAUCUCCGGUCUCAUCUACGAGGAGACCCGUGGCGUCCUCAAGGUCUUCCUGGAGAACGUCAUCCGUGAUGCCGUCACCUACACCGAGCACGCCAAGCGCAAGACCGUCACCGCCAUGGACGUUGUCUACGCUCUGAAGCGCCAGGGCCGCACUCUCUACGGCUUCGGCGGCUAGAGUGUUAACUUGCAACCAAGCACUAAAUACCCGGCCCUUUUCAGGGCCACCACAUAUUCCAGAAAGAACCUAUUGGUCACUUGCUAUAAUUUACGAUAUCCAUAUACCGUGAUGUAUUGUGCUAUCUGCCUUGCUACUUAAGUAAUUUGGAAGGUCUGCAAUUGUUUUCCUAUCGAUCAUAUUAAACAGUGAAAUUUAAGGCUUGGACGUGAUUUGAAGACAACCACCAGUAUGUCCGAGAUAAGCUUGGGUGUCGUCCAUAGUGUAUACUCGUUAUAACCAGGCCCGGGAAACGGAUAACACGCACCUUGGCCAAACAGAUACUAGUACCAUGCCAGUUUGUAAGCUAGGCUGAGGAGGAGGAAUGGAACCUUCUCUCCGUGGCUA